GCAAGAAAGAGAAAUGCAGCCAUGAAAAAGCAACACCCUUCUCCUUUUUCUUUGUUUUUCAAUCUUCCAUCUCCUUUCUGUCUCCCCCUUUUUCCAGAUUCAUUUUCAAGAUAGAUUGGUGUUUUCAUAAAAAAUUUGGAAAUUGCUGUGUAGCAUAUAAAAUUUUACUCGGAAGCAUUGCAAUUUAUAUGGAUUAAUAAAACCAGCAUUUGGAAGAGAGAUUGCGCCUUCCAUAAUUGAACGACAAUGUCGUGUUGUGGAGGUGGAGAAGAAGACGUACACAGUGGUGGUCCGCCGUCUAACCAAAAUACAGCCCCUCCCGGAGCCGGCAAUCCCUACGGUGGUGCCAGUGAUAGAGGAGAGCCAAGGGGUGGUGCAAAAACUGGAACUCCGCAGAAAGUUUUACCAAUUGAGAUACCGGUUGUGCCAUUGGAUGAGCUAAAUAAAUUGACUGGUAAUUUUGGUCAGAAAGCUUUGAUCGGAGAGGGAUCUUAUGGACGCGUAUUUUUUGCUAAAUUAAGCGAUGGGCAGCAAGCAGCAAUUAAAAAGUUGGAUACUAGUUCUUCAUCAGAACCAGAUUCUGACUUUACAGCCCAGUUAUCAAUGGUUUCAAGACUUAAGCAUGAGCAUUUUGUGACUCUUAUGGGGUAUUGUCUAGAAGCAAACAAUCGAAUCUUGGUAUACGAGUUUGCAGCUAUGGGCUCUCUACAUGAUGUAUUACAUGGUAGAAAAGGUGUACAAGGUGCUGAGCCAGGUCCAGUUCUUACCUGGAAUCAGAGAGUUAAAAUUGCUUAUGGUGGAGCAAAAGGCCUCGAGUACUUACACGAAAAAGUUCAGCCGCCUAUUGUUCAUCGUGAUGUCAGAUCCAGCAAUGUACUUCUCUUUGAUGAUUUUACAGCAAAAAUUGCUGAUUUCAACUUGACAAACCACUCUUCCGAUACAGCAGCUCGUCUGCAUUCCACUAGAGUUUUGGGGACAUUUGGCUACCAUGCUCCAGAGUAUGCCAUGACAGGACAGAUAACACAGAAAAGUGAUGUCUAUAGUUUUGGAGUUGUUCUCUUAGAACUCUUGACAGGAAGGAAGCCAGUAGAUCAUACAAUGCCCAAAGGACAACAGAGUCUUGUCACAUGGGCAACUCCAAGACUGAGUGAAGACAAAGUGAAGCAGUGUGUUGAUCCAAAGCUAAAUAAUGACUAUCCUGCAAAAGCAAUUGCUAAGAUGGCAGCUGUUGCAGCACUUUGUGUUCAAUAUGAGGCAGAUUUUCGGCCAAAUAUGACAAUAGUCGUCAAGGCACUGCAACCACUUCUCAAUGCAAAACCAGCAGGACCAGAGUCAUAAUACAUAAGCACUGUCUGCUUAAAAUUGGCAGAACAAAUAUUUCUGAGUCUCAACAAAUCUGUGACAAACUAUGCAUGAUUGACGUUCUUGAACUCUCAAAAAAGGGUAUUCUUGAGCUAUCCUCCUAACCGUAGCAGAAGCAUUAAGGUUUUGCACAUUGCAUCCUCUCUGCUUCUACAGAUAGAUUGAACGCUGAGGGCCCGAUAUUUAUGAUUCAAAUGUAUCAGUUGUUAAUUGAACAACUACUACUCAAACCAUUUUCAUCGAAAUGGCAACUAAAGGAAAACAUGGUGUAAAUUAGAAAAGAGAACGACAAGAACUUGUAAUUGUUGAAUAAUUAUCCCAUGUCCUUGUGCUUUUGUUUCAGCUCA